AUGUCUCACAGAAAAUACGAAGCACCACGUCACGGUUCCUUGGGUUUCUUACCAAGAAAGAGAGCUGCCAAACAAAGAGGUAGAGUUAAGUCUUUCCCAAAAGAUGUCAAAUCUAAACCAGUUGCUUUAACUGCUUUCUUAGGUUACAAAGCUGGUAUGACCACCAUCGUUAGAGACUUAGACCGUCCAGGUUCUAAAAUGCACAAGCGUGAAAUUGUUGAAGCUGCUACUGUUGUUGACACUCCACCAUUAGUUGUUGUUGGUGUUGUUGGUUACGUUGAAACCCCAAGAGGUUUAAGAUCUUUAACUACCGUUUGGGCUGAACACUUGUCUGAAGAAAUCAAGAGAAGAUUCUACAAAAACUGGUACAAAUCUAAAAAGAAGGCUUUCACCAAAUACUCUGCUAAAUACGCUCAAGAUGGUGCCCAAAUUGAACGUGAAUUAGCCAGAAUUAAGAAAUACGCUACCGUUGUUAGAGUUUUAGCUCACACUCAAAUCAAAAAGACUCCAUUAUCUCAAAAGAAAGCUCACUUAGCUGAAAUCCAAGUUAAUGGUGGUUCUAUCUCUGAUAAAGUCGACUGGGCUAAAGAACACUUUGAAAAAACCGUCACUGUUGAUUCUGUUUUCGAACAAGAUGAAAUGAUUGAUGUUAUUGCUGUUACUAAAGGUCACGGUUUCGAAGGUGUUACCCACAGAUGGGGUACCAAAAAAUUACCAAGAAAAACCCACAGAGGUUUAAGAAAGGUUGCUUGUAUUGGUGCCUGGCAUCCAGCUAAUGUUAUGUGGACCGUUGCCAGAGCUGGUCAAAACGGUUACCACCACAGAACCUCUAUCAACCACAAAGUUUACAGAGUUGGUUCCGGUGCUGAUGAAGCUAAUGGUGCUACUGAAUUUGACAGAACCAAGAAAACUAUUAACCCAAUGGGUGGUUUCGUUAGAUACGGUAACGUUAAAAACGAUUUCGUUAUGGUUAAAGGUUCUAUCCCAGGUACCAAAAAGAGAGUUGUUACUUUAAGAAAAUCCUUAUACGUUGACACCUCUAGAAGAGCUACCGAAAAGGUUAACUUGAAAUGGAUCGAUACCGCCUCUAAAUUCGGUAAAGGUAGAUUCCAAACCCCAGCUGAAAAACACGCUUUCAUGGGUACUUUAAAGAAAGACUUAGAAAACUAA